GGAUGGUUCAUUUAUUUUUCCCUUUUUUUUUUUUUGUGUGGAGAAGAGAAAACAACGCUCUUUCGCUUCUAUCAAAAAUACAUACAAAUUAAAUAAAAUUGGAAAAAAAUAUUAAUUGUUUUUAAGAAAACAAAGACAGACUUUCGUGAAGAAGAGCUCUCUUUUUUAGUAUUUCUUUAAUUUUGUUUCUGUUGGCUAAGGAGGAAGGAGAGGGAAGAGGUUUUCUUUUUCUUUUUCUUUUUUUGUGGUUAGGUGACUGCGCGGUUUUGGAACGUGGAAUGAGAAUUGGUGCGUGGAGGUGGUGCUAACGUGACAACGUUGAGUGAUGGUGAUGGAGGAAGAUGACUGUUGAAUGGAAUUCUCAUUCGAUGCUGGAAUUCCGAUGUCACGAACAGCAACGGCGGCCGUGCCUGUCACUGAAGGAUCCUCGCUUUCACCUUCGUUGAAUCAAGAUGCCAUGUGGCAAAUGAACUUGAGAUCCAGUGAAACGAUGGAAUCUAGUCCCUAUCCUGAGCGUCCAGGAGAACCUGAUUGUUCUUAUUAUAUCAGGACAGGCCUUUGUAGAUUUGGGGCGACAUGUCAUUUUAAUCAUCCUCCUAACCGGAAACUGGCUAUCGCUGCUGCAAGAAUGAAGGGAGAGUUUCCAGAAAGAGUAGGACAACCUGAAUGUCAGUACUACCUGAAAACAGGAACUUGCAAAUUUGGAGCUACAUGCAAGUUUCAUCAUCCUAGAGACAAAGCUGGGAUAGCUGGCAGAGUUUCCUUAAAUAUUUUGGGCUAUCCUCUUCGCCCGAAUGAGACUGAAUGUGCUUAUUAUCUAAGAACUGGACAAUGCAAGUUCGGGAGCACUUGUAAAUUUCACCAUCCUCAACCAACUAAUAUGAUGGUUUCAUUGCGUGGCUCUCCUAUUUAUCAAACUGUCCCUUCUCCAACCACUCCUGGUCAGCAGUCAUAUCCAGGAGGAAUUACAAAUUGGUCAAGAGCAUCUUUCAUUCCCAACCCUCGUUGGCAAGGUCCUUCAAGUUAUGCAUCCUUGAUUUUACCACAAGGGAUGGUAUCAGUUCCAGGCUGGAAUGCUUAUAGUGGUCAACUGGCAUCAGUCUCUUCUUCAGAGAACCUGCAGCAGACAAAUGUAAAUCACCAAAUUCAUGGAACCUCUCGCCAGAAUGAAUCAGCAACUGCAGGAUCCCAAGCAUCCUUUUCUGAGUUACGCUCCAGUUCUGUCCCUGUAGGCGUUUAUGCAUUGCAGAGGGAGAAUGUAUUCCCUGAGAGACCUGGCGAGCCUGAGUGCCAAUUUUACAUGAAGACUGGUGAUUGUAAAUUUGGUGCAGUUUGUAAGUUCCAUCACCCAAGAGAGAGAGUUCUUCCUGCUCCUGAUUGUGUGUUGAGUCCUAUAGGCCUUCCUUUACGCCCGGGUGAACCUCUAUGCAUAUUCUAUUCUCGAUAUGGAAUUUGCAAAUUUGGUCCAAGUUGCAAGUUUAACCAUCCCAUGGGAAUUUUCACAUACAAUUACUCACCAUCAUCUCCAUCUGAUGCCCCAGUUCACUGUUUCUUGGGGUCAUCGUCAGGAACUGCUGGGUUAAACCUGUCAUCAGAGGGGCUUGUUGAAGCAGUCCCUACAAAGCCCAGGCGACUAUCACUGUCCAAAAAUAGACAGUUGUCUCCCAGUGAUGAUGAUAUUGAUGCUGAGGGAUAAGAGCGGCAACAAGAUAUGGGCUGAUUACUUUUGACAAUGGUUUUUGUGUAUGAGAAAGAGUAAUCUGUAAAUUCAUUUCCAUUGUUGGAGAUGUACAAAGUUCAUGUCAAGCUGAUUCUGUUCUUUAAAAGAUGUGCAAUUCAGUCAACAGUUGCAUCUUCUGAAUUUCAUAUUCCUGCAUUGUAUAAAUCUGAAAAUUGUCACAUUUGGUAAAACCCAAUGUGAACAGUUCAUCUGUCCCAAAGCUCAUUUUUCUUUCUAUUUUUGUGUUAUGUUUCUUUCACAUUAUGUUGUACGAGUCUUUUUUUCCCUCU